AUGAAGUUUCAUGAAGAGUCUGUCAUCAAUGGAAGUGUGCUGAUCCUUCACCAGCUCCAACAUGGGAAGCACCAGUACCAAGUGGAAAAUGUGGUCCAGUACCAAAGAUCAAGCAGCGCAAAACCAAUGAUGAGACGAGGAGACAAGCUGAUGCAGAUUAAUGGCAGCGACCUGCAGGAUUUCACCCCUGAAGCCUUGGCUCAGACCAUCGCUGAGGGCCGUCCCAUGUUGACGGUGCACAAGGCGGGGGCUCAGAAGCCGCUCCACUGCUCCGAGGAGGAUGUUCUUCAUCCCGUCUCCAAGGAGCAGACCGUGCUGCAGUUCAGCAUGCGGAUGUUGCGAGAAGAAGACGCGCACGGAGGCGAAGGAGGCGGCUCGGGACAAGGCGGCGGAUGUCCAGUUGGCGACGACCACAAGCGAGGUGGCGACCUUCUGGUGGUCUCCAUGACCAAAACCAGCAUCUCGGUGAUCAGAGGGCGGGGCUGUGAGGCUGGCAGCGCCUGUAAGGGAUGUCACGGCACAGGAUGCACCCUCAAAGACGUGGUCAUGGUGUCAGAGUCCAGCACCGUCACACUCGUUUCAAGAGGAGGCGGAACCUUCAAGCUGCAGAAGUCUUUGGACACGCCCAUCGAACAUGUGGCCUCCCACAAAUACCUGCACGGGAUUUGCUCCCAGAAGACUAUAUAUGCAUCAGCUAAUCCAGAGAAAAUGACCAUCUACUACUACAAGUCCACGUGUCCAGAGUCCAGGUUCCCCGUGGUGUUGAACUUCUCAGGCUCCGACUGCUUCCUCAGGUGCUCCAAGGAAGGCAAGCAGGUGCUCCUGCAAGUGGAGGCGUGUGAGAAGCAGAAACUGAAAAGCAUCUCCCUGAAGGAUGACAUCAUCCUGUCUUACGUCUUCUACAUGAAGAGUGACGUCACCAAGCAGCGGCACUUUGAGUCUGCUCUCUACCCGGGUUGGUUCAUCCAGGUGUGCUCCUCAGACGCCGUGCAGGUGGCACAGCUGCCAGAGCGCACGCAGCCCGAGCCCUUCCUCUUCAUCAUCCAGACCUAGACCUCACUGCAGAGACACUCAGGUGCCUUGUCAAGUGUAAAAAGAAGUGAAGUUAUUAUCACUGCCUAUGUUUCUGGACAAAUAUAAGUUAAGAGUGGCACCUCCAUUUAUGAACCUACUUGGUUCUUCAUGAAUGGAAAAGUUUGUAAAGUGAGGCAAACAAUGUCAAUAUGAAUAAUUGGUUCCAGCCUGCACAAAAGUCCAUAUUUGAACACAAUAUAAAAUACUAAAUGUCAAGCAAACUUUCUAUUUAUUAACAAGACAAAACAACAACGGCAAGCUAAACUGUCCUGGAUGUGCUGUUCUGCAAACGCACGCACCAGAAGUCCCUUUGGUGCCCUUACAAACGAUCAGAAAUCACAAAAAUGUUCUUACUUAUAACAACCAUACUGCUACAAUAAUCUAGAAAAAAGUCAAAUCUACUCGCCACAAAUUAACGUCGACGGCGGCACACAAGAUGAGCGAAUGAAGCCUUGCUAAAUAUUUGUUGCCAUGUGAAGGUUGGUAAACAUAAAAGUUGACAAAUAAAGGGUUAGUACAUGGAUGUUCCACGUUCAUAACUCACAAUAAUUCAUACAUUUCAU